CGUCCCGCAGGCUCGCGCUGCCUGCUCCGCGCCCGCUCUGGACUGCCCGCCGCGAUGGAGGCCGCCGCCGAGUUUGUGGUUGAGAGCCCCGACGUGGUCUACGGCCCCGAGGCCAUCGAGGCGCAGUACGAGUACCGGACGACUCGCGUCAUCCGUGAGGGCGCUGUCCUCAAGGUGCACCCCACGUCCACGCGCUUCACCUUCCGGACGAGCCGGCAGGUACCCCGCCUCGGGGUCAUGCUCGUCGGCUGGGGCGGCAACAACGGCUCCACGCUGACCGCCGCCGUGCUGGCCAACCGGCUGCGCUUGUCCUGGCCCACGCGUACGGGACGCAAGGAAGCCAAUUACUAUGGCUCGCUGACGCAGGCCGGCACCGUGAGCCUGGGCCUGGAUGCUGAGGGCCGCGAGGUGCACGUGCCCUUCCGCGCUCUGCUACCUAUGGUGACUCCUGAUGACCUGGAGUUUGACGGCUGGGACAUCUCAUCACUGAACCUGGCCCAGGCUAUGCGGCGUGCGCAGGUGCUGGAUUGGGGGUUGCAGGAGCAGCUGUGGUCCCACAUGGAGAGCCUGCGCCCUCGCCCUUCUGUCUACAUUCCGGAGUUCAUCGCGGCCAACCAGGGCACCCGUGCAGACAACCUCAUCCCGGGCACACGUGCGCAGCAGCUGGAACAGAUCCGCAAGGACAUCCGAGACUUCUGGACCAGCAAGGGACUGGACAAGGUCAUCGUGCUGUGGACAGCCAACACUGAGCGCUUUUGCGACGUGGUCCCAGGCUGCAAUGACACCGCUGAGAACCUGCUUCGAACCAUUGAGGCCGGUGGGGAGGUGUCCCCAUCCACGCUCUUUGCUGUGGCCAGCAUCCUGGAGGGCUGUGCCUUCCUCAACGGGUCCCCCCAGAACACACUGGUGCCGGGGGCACUGGAGCUAGCUCGGCAGCACCGUGUUUUCGUGGGCGGGGAUGACUUCAAGACUGGCCAGACCAAGGUCAAGUCUGUGCUGGUGGACUUUCUCAUCAGCUCUGGGCUCAAGACCAUGUCCAUCGUGAGCUACAACCACCUGGGCAACAACGACGGGCAGAACCUGUCUGCUCCAUCGCAGUUCCGCUCCAAGGAGGUGUCCAAGAGCAAUGUGGUGGACGACAUGGUGCUCAGUAACCCAGUGCUCUACACGCCUGGCGAGGGGCCUGACCACUGUGUGGUAAUCAAGUACGUGCCUUACGUGGGCGACAGCAAGCGGGCCCUGGACGAGUACACCUCAGAGCUGAUGCUGGGCGGCACCAACACCCUGGUGUUGCACAACACCUGCGAGGAUUCGCUGCUGGCCACGCCCAUCAUGCUGGACCUGGUGCUGCUGACGGAGCUGUGCCAGCGAGUGAGCUUCUGCACGGACAGGGACCCGGAGCCACAGGGCUUCCACUCGGUGCUGGCCCUACUUGGCUUCCUUUUUAAGGCACCGUUAGUGCCCCCCGGCAGCCCUGUGGUCAACGCCCUCUUCCGCCAACGCAGCUGCAUUGAGAAUAUUCUCAAGGCCUGUCUGGGACUUCCACCACAGAACCACAUGCUGCUGGAGCACAAGAUGGAGCGCCCAGACCCUGUACUCAAGCCGACUGGGCCCGUGACCCACCAUCCUGUGCUGUACAGUAAAGGGCCAGUACCGGCCGCCACCAACGGCUGCACUGGCGAUGCCAAUGGCCAUCUGCAGGCCGAGGCCACCCCCUGAGGCUGCAAAGUCUGCUGGCACCACCCCCCCUUCCCCACCCAGAUUAAUAAAGCUGGCGCCACUAUCACAA